AUGAUGAGCAAAACAGUGAUAAUUCAUCAUCUCUUUACUGGGUUAGCCCUGAUUACUAUGGCAUUGCGUCUUCUUUGCCGACAGAUUGUAUUUCACAAGUUCAACUUCGGCGAUUAUUGCACUAUGGUCGGCAUGCUAUGCGCGGCUGCACGCGGUGGUAUAAUCCAUGUUGUCCUAGUCUGGGGCACUAACAACAUGUCUUCCCAAGCUCGAGCCCAAAUCGAUUUCACCCCAGAAGAGAUCUAUCGAAGGACAAUUGGCAGUAAGCUCACCAUCGCGAACCGUCCAAUAUACAACUCAUAUCUCUGGUUGCAGAAGCUGGUUCUGUUACACUUUUUCGCUCGCAACUUUCAUCCUCAAGAUAGAAGCAGUCGCUACAUUCUCUGGUCGUAUGGCUUUGUGUUCCUGUCGACUUGGAUCGCUGCGCAGGUUGUCGGUUUCACCGAAUGCGAUCCGUUCAACCUCUAUUGGCAGGUCUCUCCUGCGCCUGGCAAAUGCGUUCAGGCACAGGUUCAGCUAGUAGUACUCGGAGUGUUGAAUAUUGUCACUGAUUCCAUGUUGCUGGUAUUGCCCUUGCCUACGCUCAUUUCCUUGCAAACACCAUGGCGUACCAAGAUACGGCUGUACAUUCUGUGUGCACUCGCUAUGUUCAUUAUUGCAAUCACGAUUAUUCGGCUCCCUAUAAAUGCCAUGAACGCAGCUGUGCAAGCGAAUCGAACGAUAUGGGCGAGUACGGAGCUUUUGACAGCGGCCAUAGUUGUCAACGCGCCCACACUUUAUGGUGCUAUCAAUCACUGGCGACAACGGUGGCAAAUCAAGGCCAAUGCGUCAAGGGCACGUCGAGAUGACUUUUCCAACACACGUACAGCGGAGAAUUCUGCAAGACUAAGAUUUACUCAUCCAAACGCAAUCUACGACGAUGUUGAUGAUGACGAUAAUGAGUUGAUGCUCCGCGCACCUGACAAGACCAGUGCGAGACAGGAAAGUACAACCCAACAGUACCUGAGCCAAGAAGGCAUAGUAAUGAAACCCCUCGAGGUAUCUUACUGUGAGCUGGGGAAACUGGACGCUACUAGAUCAAACGGGAAGGCCUUGUGCGAGAUCAUAUAGUCAGCAGUAUAACAAUGUUGUCG